AUGUCACAAGCUGAAGUAGAAGAAACAAUCAAGCGAAUUCAAACACACAAAGGUGUACAAGGUUUUAUUAUAGUUAGCACAGAAGGUGGUUUUGUUCGUUCAACAAUCGAUAAUUCAACAACAAUGUCUCUGUCUGGUUUAGUUAAGCCAUUGGCUGAUAAAGCAAGAUCAGCUAUUCGAGAUUUGGAUCCACAAAACGAUUUGACCUUUCUUAGAAUUAGAACAAAAAAACAAGAAAUACUUGUCGCUCCUGAUAAAGACUAUUUAACAGUUGUUUUGCAAGCGACAGAACAAGCAUGA